AUGGAAGAGAAGAAACGGGCGUAUUACUGUGACUUGUGUGGAUGUCCGUUGUUCAUUCAAAUUGAUUUAUUAGACUCCCAACUCCAAAUACCCAUCGCACGACAACCGUUUUACUCUCUUUCGACUUCUUUGUCGAUGACUCCACUCUUCGACGACGACACCAACGAAGACUUUUCAAAUCUCAUCUUCUGCACGCCGACACACGUCUCUCAAACUCCUCCAACGCGAAGAAGAUCGCACAAGUCGAAGCAAACAACGAAAAAAAUCAAAUUUGAUGAGGGCGCACUUUUCUAUCCCAAUUUACCGGAAAUUGUGAAGCCGUUAUCUCCAGUCACCCAUUCGGAAACACAGACGACGCCUUCUGUCCCAAGUUACUCUCCUUUUUACUCUCUGAAAACUAUUGGAAGGUCGCGACUUGGAUCGAACGAAGAAAAGAUAGAUAAGGGAAUACGAAUACCACUGUAUCUCCCUUCACAAGUCGACCCAAUCAUAAACUGUUGUGAAGAAAUUGGAUUAGAAUUUCCACUGUGUAGCCAGUGCUACCAAAUCAUCGAGUCUGCUCUUUCAAACGAACUCUCCGAGUUGUCUUCUUCAUUCCGAAAAGAGCGAAUAUUGCAACUGGAGUUGAUACAAUUUUCAAUUGAACAAACGACGCUGGAGCAGACGGAAAAAGAGGAGGAGGAUAUCAGAAUGUUGUCGAAUGAAGUUGAUACCCUUGUGGAAGAUAACAGAACGCUUUUGGAACAACAGAGGAUCAUUGUUCAGUGCACCGACAUUAUCGACAAAAUAGCAACAAAUGUGUUCUAUUGUUUGGAAAAGGAAAUCUCGUUGUACGUCGAAACGCUGAACCAAUUCAACGACUUCAACAACAAAGUCCACGCCAAUGAAUUAGAACGAUUGGAAUUGUCGAAUCCGAUAGAAAGAAUAUUCAACUUUGAAUGGCUUGAAAAUGAUGUGGCGCUCAAUGGAAUACCGAUCGUUCAGACGUUUAAAAGCCGCAACGAAAUGAAUUUCAAUUUAAUUAUAUCGUGCUUCAAAAAGAUGUCCACAUUUGUGUAUGAGCAUCUUGGGAUAUUUGCAAUGAUCCCACAAUUCAACGUGAAAAGGCCCGACGACUUCAUUACUUUUUUAUUGGACUUCCUUCAGAAAACUGUGACUCGGAUCACAUACUUUGAUCGACAAAUAGCUAUUCCAUAUACCCCAUGA